AUGAACAAACAGGCGUUCCAGGGUCUCCGCCUCACAGCAGAAAUAACACUCCUCCCCAAUGUGUGGAUCGAGGUGUGCCCGGUAUCUAUUUGUGGCUAUAGCCCUGUGCACUACCCUCCACUGGAGAGAGCGCAAGUUCACAACCUUAAUGCCAGUCCCCCACAGUCCCCCAGUCCCAUCCCACCGGUCAGACAAAGCACGACUUCCUGCAGCAGCUCUCAGGUGCCGUGGCAGUGUGGCACAGACCUCCUCCACCAACCGUCAGUCAGCCUGACAGACGUGAUGUUGGCGUUCUGCCUGAAGGUGGACAUGCCUGAAGCUAUUGAUGACGUUCACCAAGUGUCCCAGCAACCGGCUUCUCUCAGCCAGCAGCAGUCGAUCAGCAUCUAUCCAGCUGGGGCCACAGCCAUAGAACAGCCUCUGUGCAGUCUGGAGUCUGAAAGAGGCAAUCCUGGACAGGAUAUCGAUGAGACCAUGCCCCCCCUCUGCCACCGGCAGAUAGAGAGCCGCUGCACGAACCCAGUGCCGGCCAGACCAGAAGAAGUCCACAACAGACUUCUUUUGUUCGAAGUCUUGUUCGUCUUCAUCUCGUCUGUCUACGUCGGAAUACAACUACAGUCGGCAGGUUCUGUUAACCAUCAGCAGGACCAAACUUUACAACACUCUGGACGCUGCACAAGCAGAAAUAAUCAAGGAGCUAGGAUUACUCCGCCGGCCUUCGAACACACCGGACUCGACUGCCACUCCUCCCCGAAAAGGAGGCGCCGCAAGCGGUGUGAGAGGAAGCAGAAGAGGGGAAAGCGCGGAGGUAUCCGAGCUAGGCUAGCGGCUAGCCCAACUCGCCCAGCCAUACCAUCCAUUAUCAUGGCUAAUGUGCGAUCCUUGGACAAUAAAAUGGACCACAUACGACUGCUUCGGACGGCGCAGCGAGACGUGAGGAACUGCUGUGUGUUUCUUUUCACGGAAACAUGGCUAAAUGACAACAUCCCCGACUCCGCUGUGAAACUCGAGCAGCUAACAUGCCACCGAGCAGACAGAGCCCUCGUCAAAGGAGGGAAGACCCGCGGCGGAGGGGUGUGUGUUUACACACUGGAUGCAUGGUGUCGGGACGCUGUCGUGGUAUGUAAACACUGCUCUCCACUGGCGGAGUUCAUGAUUAUAAGUGACAGAAACGAGGCACUGUGUGAACUGUACCAGGCUAUCAGUGAACAACAGACAGCCCACCCAGACGGCUUCACCAUCCUCGCUGGUGAUUUCAACCAUGCAAACCUCAAGACUGUCCUUCCCAAACUACAUCAGCACGUUGACUUCCCAACAAGAGGAGACAACAUUUUGGACCUGGUCUACACUAACCACAAAGGAGCGUACAAGGCCUCCCCCCUACCCCACAUUGGACUCUCUGACCACAUCACCGUCAUGCUAAUGCCAGCAUACAGACCCAGAGUGAAAGUCUCUAGACCGGUUCUGAAGCAGGUCCGGGUGUGGCCAGAGGGGGCCUCCUCCGCUCUCCAGGACUGCUUUGACUCAACAGACUGGGGUAUGUUUAAGCAAGCAGCCACAUACAACCACCACACAGACAUUGAGGAGUACACAGACACUGUUACUUCCUACAUCAGUAAGUGCAUGGAUGAUGUGACCCACAUAAAGACCAUCACCACUCGGGCUAACCAGAAGCCGUGGCUGACAGAGGAAGUCCAUCGGCUGCUGAGGGCCAGAAACAAGGCCUUCAGAGCCGGGGAUGAAACUGGCCUGAGAAGAGCGAGAGCCAACCUGUCCCACGGCCUCAGGAAGGCAAAACAAGACUACACAAACAAGAUAACCUCGCACUUCAGAGACAGCAGAGAUACACAGAGCCUGUGGCAGGGCAUUCAGACCAUUACGGACUACAAACCCAAGCCACAGACCUGCGACAACAACGUCUCUCUGUUAAAUGACCUCAACAGCUUCUUUGCACGGUUUGAAGCACAAAACGGCACACGUCCAUGCAAGACUCCACCCCCUCCCCACGAUCAGGUCCUGUGCCUGUCUGCUGCCAGCGUGAAGAGGACACUCUCCAAUGUCAACACCCGCAAGGCAACAGGUCCAGACAACAUCCCUGGUUGUGUGUUGAAGGACUGCGCAGAGGAGCUUAAGGAUGUCCUUGCGGAUAUCUUUAACACUUCUCUGAGACAAGCUGUUGUUCCAACGUGCUUCAAGGCCACCACCAUCAUACCUGUGCCAAAGAAACCCACUCCGUCCGGCUUUAAUGACUAUCGUCCAGUGGCACUUACCCCCAUAAUAAUGAAGUGCUUUGAACGACUAGUCAUGUCACAUAUCAAAUCCAUUCUCCCACCCACCCUGGACCCUUUCCAAUUUGCAUACCGUGCCAAACGGUCCACGGAGGAUGCAAUCUGCUCUGCUCUCCACCCAGCCCUCACCCACCUGGACACAAAAGACUCAUAUGUGAGAAUGCUGUUCAUAGACUUUAGUUCAGCAUUCAACACCAUAAUCCCACAAAAACUCAUCUGCAAACUUGACCAGCUGGGGCUCAACACCUCGCUGUGUAACUGGCUGCUGGACUUCCUCAGUGAGAGGCCACAAGCAGUACGUGUGGGCAACAACACCUCGAGCAGCAUCACACUGAGCACGGGGGCCCCUCAGGGCUGUGUGCUCAGCCCACUGCUCUUCACCCUGCUGACUCACGACUGCAAAACCACCUACAGCACCAACCACAUGGUCAAGUUUGCAGACGACACAACUCUGGUUGGUCUCAUCACCAAGGAUGAUGAGACUCACUACAGGAAGGAGGACAUAUAUAACACCCGCCUCACCCGCAAAGUGACCAUGAUUGUGAGCGAUUCCUGCCACCCCUCACACGUCCUGCAGGCAGGUGAGGCAAAAUCUGCUUUCUCCACUGUCCCACCAACAAGGCUUCAGAAGCCUCAUAAAGAGACAAAGAACAUCUCCCUGGUCCCUGAUGAAGAUGUUUACAUCAUCAGCAUACACAGACAAAGCGAGGGGACGACAAAGACUGGAGGACCCAGGCAGUGA